AUGUGCAGAGGAAGAGUGGAAGAGGAGAGCCGGGAGUUCUCAGAAGUGCUCAGAGAAGAAACUGCAGCAGUAUUGGCUCAUGCCAGCCAAGGGUCAGUAUGUUGUGAGCUCUGUGACUCGGAUGCCACCAUAUAUUGUCCAGCCGACGAUGCUUUUCUGUGUCGAGAUUGCGAUAAAGAGGUCCAUGUAGCUAAUUUCCUGGCCAGAAGACACAUUAGAUGCUUGCUUUGCAGGACUUGUCAGAGCCUUACUAGUCGGUACCUCAUCGGAGUUUCUGCAGAGGUUGUGCUCCCAGAUGUUGUUAAUAAAUCGGAGAAAAGACCGUGGAGUACUUCAAAUCUUGAAGCCAAUCACUCCAGAGAACAUAAGAUGCCUUUCUUGCUUCUAUGA